CGCCGCAACACAGUCUCUCUAAUUCUCAUAUGUAUACAAAUUGGCGUUUCGUGUGUGAAAAAUCAGAUUUUCGCAAAGAAAUUACUUAAAACUCGUUGAUAAGUUCCUACGUAACGAGCACAAUCGAGCUUAGUCCCACCCCAAUUACAUAUCCGCUGUAGUUGCACACUGAGUCAGCACAAAAAAGCUAAUUUUUACAUUUCGCGACCGUGAGUCAGAUUUCCAGAUUUCUCCUCCCCACCCAAAAACAACAAGACAAACGUCUUGCCUCGCAACCACUUGCUAAAAGCUUAAGUGAUCUCAGCCGCACCAAGUCACCCAGCAAUGGCCGCCGUGGAAAAUCCCGAGCCCCGCACUGAGCUGCAGGAGCUGCAGUUCAAGUCCGGCCAGGUGGCCGAUGAAUCGCUGGAGAGCACACGGCGGAUGCUCAGCCUCAUGGACGAGAGCAAGGAGGCGGGCAUCCGCACGCUGGUGGCCCUGGACGACCAGGGCGAGCAGCUGGACCGGAUCGAGGAGGGCAUGGACCGGAUCAACGCGGACAUGCGGGAGGCGGAGAAGAAUCUGAGUGGCAUGGAGAAGUGCUGCGGCAUCUGCGUGCUGCCCUGGAAGAAGGUGAAUAUCAAGGACGACGGCGAGAGCGCCUGGAAGGCCAACGACGAUGGCAAGAUUGUCGCCAGCCAGCCGCAGCGCGUCAUCGACGAGCGGGAACGCGGCGGCAUGGGUGCUCCACCGCAGUCCGGCUAUGUGGCCAGGAUCACGAACGAUGCGCGCGAGGACGAGAUGGACGAGAACCUGGGACAGGUCAACUCCAUGCUGGGCAACUUGCGAAACAUGGCCCUGGACAUGGGCUCCGAGCUGGAGAACCAGAACAAACAGGUGGACCGCAUCAACGCCAAGGGCGAUGCCAACAACAUUCGCAUGGACGGGGUGAACAAGCGCGCCAACAACCUGCUCAAGAGUUAAAUAUGCACAAAGGACACGUCCCGAAUCGAUAGCGAACACGAUAGACAGGCACCUCCGCUUCUAUCUUGUUAGGGAAACGAACCAAUGUUGUGGGCACAAACCGUAGCAGGUGGUUAUUGCGUUAUUUACUAUAUACCAUAUAUUAUAUACAUAUACAAGUAGCCACCAGUAUCUACUCCUGGCAGACGCAAGCGUAACAGGUACCCACCCAUCUACUUAAAAGCACUACGAGCUACGCCGCCGGAUGAACUAACUACUUUCUACAAAACUCUAUAUAUAUGCGAACCAACAUACUAACUACUUACUAUUACUACACUCGUGUACAAAUGGCGACCACAAGUUGCCGGAAACAAUUUUAUUAUGAGAUUUACCGUAUGAUGUACUCUGUUUUUGUGGUACAAACUUUUUGAGCAUUUUACCGAACUUUGUGAAAUCAAACCAAGCAACUGCUGAGAUGGAUAUAUGUGAAUUGAUGUAUUUACAAUUCGUAGAACCACCGCACCCCCGGGCCACGGCCAAGCAAAAGUAAGCAAAGACGGGCGGUAACCAUAUCGUAGCCAAUUUUAUGUUCUCCAUUGUUAACCCAUUUUAAGUAGGCCAUGUAUUCGGGUAUUUCGAAAGCCCAAAAGUCCAAGCACCGAUUCUAUUGAAUUAUAAUUACUCUAGAUUUGCACUCGAACCUAUUGCUUAUUAUAUUUACCCAUACGUACUAAAUCCCCAGUGAAUGUAACCGAUCGAGUUUCGUAGCUGUAGCUUAAGUACAUGAAAUUGUUGAUUGCAAUAAUCCCAAAUGUUUAAGAAACUACCUGUUUGUGCGCAAGAUAUUUCUCGUUAACUAUUAAAUGUAUUACGGACGAGUAUAGCCAAUUGAUUAGAUAACUUAUUUAUCGCUACUAUUGCCACUCUAGCUUACAUUCUUAGCUCUUAAAUUGCAAUUAUUUGAAAAUAAAUUAAUUCACCAGCAA